AACAUGGAGCUCCAGCAAACCAUCAUACAGAUGCAAUUCCUCUUGGGGUUUCUUCUGUUCUGUGCAUUUAUUGGGAAGUCAUACACUGAAGAAGACAUCAUCAUCACAACCAAGGCUGGCAAGGUCAGAGGGCUGAGCCUGCCUGUUCUCGGUGGCAUGGUCACUGCCUUUCUUGGCAUCCCCUAUGCCCAGCCUCCUCUUGGAAGACUUCGUUUCAAAAAGCCUCAACCCUUGAACAAAUGGUCUGAAGUCUGGAACGCCACAAAAUAUGCAAAUUCUUGCUAUCAGAACACAGAUCAGACUUUUCCAGGCUUCCACGGAUCAGAAAUGUGGAAUCCAAACACAGACCUUAGCGAAGACUGCUUGUAUCUGAAUGUUUGGACUCCAGUACCUAAACCAAAAAAUGCAACUGUCAUGGUAUGGAUCUAUGGGGGUGGCUUUCAAACAGGGACAACCUCCUUACCUGUUUAUGAUGGCAAGUUUCUGGCUCGGGUUGAAAGAGUUAUCGUAGUUUCCAUGAAUUAUAGGGUGGGUGCUCUAGGAUUCCUAGCUUUACCAGGCAAUGCUGAGGCUCCAGGAAACAUGGGUUUAUUUGACCAACAGUUAGCACUCCAGUGGGUCCAAAGAAACAUAGCUGCCUUUGGUGGAAAUUCUAAAAGUGUAACUAUUUUUGGAGAAAGUGCAGGAGCAGCGUCAGUUAGCCUCCAUUUGCUUUGUCCUCAAAGCCACCCUUUGUUCACCAGAGCCAUUCUACAAAGUGGAUCCUCUAAUGCCCCUUGGGCAGUCAUGUCUCCAGAGGAAGCCAGAAACAAGUCCCUGACCUUAGCUAAGUUUACUGGAUGCUCUAGAGACAAUGAGACUGAGGUGAUCAUAUGUCUUCAAAAUAAAGAUCCUCAGGAAAUUCUUCUGAAUGAAAUAUUCGUUCUCCCCUCUGAUUCACUCUUAUCAGUAAAUUUUGGUCCAACAGUGGAUGGGGAUUUUCUUACUGACAUACCGCACACACUUCUCCAACUCGGACAAGUGAAAAAAACAGAGAUCCUAGUGGGUGUUAACAAGGACGAGGGGACAGCUUUUCUAGUGUAUAGCGCCCCUGGAUUCAGCAAGGAUAACAACAGCAUCAUCACAAGAAGGGAAUUUCAAGAAGGUUUGAAUGUAUUCUUCCCAGGAGUGAGUGACUUAGGGAAGGAAUCAAUCCUUUUCUAUUAUGUGGACUGGUUAGAUGAUCAAACACCGGAAGUUUACCGUGAGGCCUUAGAUGAUGUUGUAGGUGAUUAUAACAUCAUAUGCCCUGCACUGGAGUUUACCAAGAAAUUCUCAGAUUUUGGAAAUAAUGCUUUUUUCUACUAUUUUGAACACCGAUCUUCUAAACUUCCUUGGCCAGAAUGGAUGGGAGUAGUACAUGGCUAUGAAAUUGAAUUUGUUUUUGGCUUACCUCUGGAAAGAAGAGCCAGUUAUACAAAAGCUGAGGAAAUUUUGAGUCGAUCUAUAAUGAAACGUUGGGCAAAUUUUGCAAAAUAUGG